AUGCCGUUGAAUCAUAGUAGAAUCAUAGCAAAUUUGUGUACAAUUUGUCGCGAACGGUUCUCUGAACAUGAUGAUAAUUUGUUGACGGCUUGCUCACACCAGUUCCAUAGGGCCUGUCUGCUGAACUGGCUAAAGCGUAAUUCCAAUUGUCCGCAAUGCCGCGCGAAAUGUCACAGCCGAGAGUUCGGUCAAAACGCAGGUGCACAGACUAGAGCUCGUGUGGCGCAACACUCCGAGGAAAAAUCGAAUAAUAGGAACCCCGACUUUGCCACAAAUCUACAAGCUUAUCAACAGCAAACCGAAGAUGCUGCAAGUUUGCCUGUUGCCAAUGCACCGGAAGUUAGCGUUGAUGUCAAUGACGAGGAUAAUCGGAUUCGUAAUAUCGUAUCCGCGGUAAUUUUCGCUAGGCAAGCUGCAAAUUUUAAUAAUUUAGAAGACCGUGUUUCGCAAUUAAUCGAACAAAAGCUCGAAGAUGUUAUGUCCAAUUUAAUGACUCGGUUAAACUUAAACACUCAACCCGCUCAACCAACAGCAAAUCGUAGCCCCGAAAGGUAUUCCAAACCUAUCACAUAA